UGAUUAUCCGCGACCAAAUCUCAAUCCAUUCCUAUAUAUAUAUAUAUAUAUAUAUACUUGAUUCAUCAUGGCCACCACCUUCCAACCCCUGCUCCCCCCACACCGGGUGUCCCACCCGGGCCCGCCCGUGCUGCCGCAACGCCCCGCGGCCAAGUCGCCCUUCGUGCGGGACAACCUGCGCCUGAGCAGCUGGCUGCUGGUGGGCGCCCUGCUGCAGGGGCUGGCCUGCGCGCUGCUGGGCCCCCUGGCCCUGCUGCCGCCGGCCGCGGUGGCACUGUACCGCACCGCCGACCACCUGCUGAUGGCAGCAGGCUUCACGCGCAACCGGUACCUGGCGGGGCCGGCGGGGGAGUCGCUGGUGGUGUUCCGGCUCGGGGCGCGCUGCCACCACCCGCUGGGCCUCUUGGCCCCCGGCCAGCGCGCCAUCGGCGGCUACCUGGACCGCAUGCUGGACACCCUCCACGCCGACCCCGGCGCCUACGGCAUGCUGGGCGUCUCCCGCUGGCUCAAGGUGGAGGACCCCGCCGCCAACGACACCGUCACCCUCUUCUACUUCCGCGACUACGAGGGCCUGCACCGCUUCGCCCACGACGCCGUCCACAUGGCCGGCGUCCACUGGUGGACCCGCGUCGGCCGCGACUACCCGCACCUCGCCAUCUACCACGAGACCUACCUCGUCCCCCGCGGCCACUGGGAGAACAUCUACAUCCACAGCAAGCCCACCGGCCUCGCCGACGCCUGGUUCCCCGCCCGCCCCGCCGGCGGCGACGACACGGCCCCCGGGCGGGAGUGGGUGCGCCCCGUCGUCGACGCCCGCUCCGGCGCCUUGCGCUCCGCCUCCAAGCGCCUCCAGAUCGAGCGCCUGGCCGGCCGCGAGAAGGAGCAUGGGAUGGAGUACGACCAGACGUAUACGGAUUAG